AUGCUGCAGCAGAUCCUACAUGACAUGUACAUCGACCCCGAACUCCUCGCCGAGCUCAGCGAUGUGCAGAAGCACAUCCUCUUCUACAAAAUGCGAGAGGAGCAGCUGAGGCGCUGGAGGGAGCGUGAGGCUUGGGAGGCCCUGGCUGAGGCAGAGGACCUCAGGCCCCCGAAAGUCAAGCGAGGUAUGUGGCUGGGAGCAGCGAGUGACAAGCACAUCCAGUGGCUCCUGGGGGCAGAUGGUGAAGUCUGGGUCUGGAUCAUGGGAGAAGGCCCUGGCGACAAGCCCUAUGAAGAGAUCUCUGAGGAGCUGAUUGCGGAGAGGGCGCGGCUGCAGGCACAGAGGGAGGCCGAGGAGCUCUGGAGACAGAAGGAGGCAGAAAUCACCAAGAAGUUUCGGGAUGCGCUGGCCAAUGAGAAAGCCCGGAUCCUGGCGGAGAAGUGGAAAGUGGAGACGGAAGACCGUAAGGCUGCCAAAGUCCUGGAGGAGCGCAUCCACGAGGAAUUCAAGAGGAAAGAGGAAGAGGAGCGGAAGCGGGGAGAGGAGCAGAUUCGCCUCCAGGAAGAGCAGAGGGCGAAGGAACUCUACUGGACCCUGAAGCAGGCCCAGCUGCAGAGCCACGCCAGCGAGAAGGAGGAGCGCGAGUGGGAGGAGCAGCUGCGCCGGUCCAAGGCUGCUGAUGAGGAGAGGAGUCGCAGAGCCCAGCGCGCCAGGGACGAGUACCGGCGCCACUCACUCCGGGCCAUCCAGAAGGGCACCGUCGCUGGCCUCAGCUCCAUGUUCCAAGAGCUUGGCCAGAGCCACGAGCAGGAGGCCAGACUUGACCACCACCUUCCCGGCCCAGGGCCACCGCCACCCCUUGCCGUACCUGUCAGGACUUGGGAGCGCCCACGGAGACCUGUCUCCAGGGAAGUCAUAGUCCGCUGGUUUAAGGAGGAGCAGCUGCCUCGCCGAGCCGGCUUUGAGAGGAACACCAAAUCCAUCGCCCCCUGGUUCCAUGGAGGAAAUUAUCACUGUUUCAGGGGGAGAGCUGCUGCAGGAACCCUGUGGACAGAGGGACAGCCCGCCAGACUACCAUCUGUUGUUUGA